ACUCCUCAUCUAAACUCAUCAUCAUCACCAAGCUACUUAGCUCACUUUCAUACUUCUCUUACUACCUUCUCUUGAGUGUCACUACUACUGCUGCUGCUACUACUACUCCCACUUUACUAAGUUUAGUUCGAUUCGUUAUCAUCUUAAGGAAUUAAACAAUGGCAAGCAGACCAGGAGAUUGGUUUUGUAGAUCAUGCCAACACCAUAACUUCAAUUGGAGAAAUACAUGUCAAGUUUGUAAUGACUUAAUAGACUACAGAACUUCAAUUCCCAUGCCUGCCAAUGGCGAUAGAGGUUCAGGUGUCUUGCCAGGUGACUGGUAUUGUACAUCUGGAAACUGCGGAGCCCACAACUAUGCAAGCCGUAUGAACUGCUUCAUUUGUGGUGGUGUUAGGGAUGACGCUGAUGCCCGUUCCAGAGGUACUCGCUCGUCGGGAUGGAAAUCUGGUGAUUGGAUGUGCACAAGACCUGGAUGCAAUGAGCAUAAUUUCGCAAGCAGAACAGACUGUUUCAAAUGCAACACACCAAAGUACGGCUCAGGAUGAUCUUCUCCUCCUCCUAUCAAAUUCAAGGAGCUGCUCAAUCGGUUGCAUGCAUGGCAUAAACUACAUUUUGUGAGUCCAGUUACUUAGUAAACUAAAACUAAUCAAUGAUAUAUGUAAGAAUGAAACAUCCUUAGAUAACUUUGUUUCAUAUAGUAUAAAUUAAGAUAAAGAUAAAAUACGCCAUUUUCUAUAUCUACUGUCAUCCUUUGUUGUCAAAAAUGGCAUCUGUAAGCUGAAGUUCUGGUCUUUCGUAUUUAAUUAAUAAUAUAUAUUACAGUUCGAAUGAGUAA